UCUGAGCCUGAGCUGAAGGCUUGUGUUUGUUGUAUCAUAUCAUGAAAUCGUAAGCCAAGUUUAAAUUUGCACUUAUUUUGGUAUAGAUUUUUCUGACAAGCUUAGAUUUUGGUUUAUUGAAGAAAAGUACGCUAGAAGAACGUCGCAAUGGGUGUUCCAAAGUUUUUUCGCUACAUUAGUGAGCGUUAUCCAUGCUUGAGCGAAUUGGUUCGAGAAAACCAGGUUCCACAAUUUGAUAACCUGUACUUGGACAUGAACGGUAUAAUACACAACUGUUCUCAUCCAAAUGAUUCCGACGUUUUCUUCCGAAUUACGGAGGAGAAAAUUUUCAGCGAUAUAUUCCACUAUUUGGAAUUCCUGUUCCGGAUGAUCCGUCCCCAGAAAUUGUUUUUUAUCGCUGUCGAUGGAGUUGCGCCACGAGCAAAGAUGAACCAACAGCGGGGUCGACGUUUCCGAUCUGCUCGCGAGGCACAGGAGCAGUUGGAAGAGGCAGAGAAGAAGGGAGAAAUACUGCCAAAAGAGGCCAGAUUCGACAGUAACUGUAUCACACCAGGUACGGGUUUUAUGGUGCGUUUGCAACGUGCGAUGGAACAUUUCAUCAACAUUAAAGUUAGUACCAAUCCACUGUGGAAGCAUUGUAAAGUAAUACUGAGUGGACAUGAGACACCGGGCGAGGGAGAACACAAAAUCAUAGAGUAUAUCAAGUAUGCGAAAGCUUCGCCGAAUUAUGAUCCAAAUACGCGCCACUGCUUAUAUGGCUUGGAUGCAGACUUAAUCAUGCUGGGUCUUUGUACCCACGAGCGGCAUUUUUCGCUGCUCCGAGAAGAAGUUAAGUUCGGGAAAAAUGUUAAAAAAACAACUGUUGUCGAGGAGAUGCGAUUCUAUCUGCUUCAUCUGACGCUUAUGAGAGAAUAUCUCGAGCUAGAGUUUGCUCCUGUGAGAGAUCAGUUAUCUUUUGAGUUCAACAUCUACAAGCUGAUUGAUGACUGGGUGUUGAUGGGUUUUAUGGUUGGCAAUGAUUUCAUACCCCACUUACCGCAUUUGCAUAUCAACGAAAAUGCGCUCCCCACAUUGUUUCAAGCCUAUAUGGAUAUUUUGCCAACACUGGAUGGACAUAUAAAUGAAAGUGGCAAAUUGAACCUGCCGAGAUUCGAGGUUCUCAUGAAUCGGUUAUCUAGAUUCGAUAGAGAUAUCUUCCUUGAACACUACACCGAUUUGAAAUAUUUUCAGUCGAAGAGGGGACAAAAUAACAUGGAAGCUUUCGAUGCGACAAUAGACGAAAUUACCGCUUCUGAUGAAAUGGAUUGUGAUCUUGCGGCGCUUAUCAAAGCGUCGGAGGAUAUGUUUUCAGACGAUGAAGAGGACGAAUCGGUCGGGGAUUUGGAUAACCCGGAUUUUUUCGAGAAGGAAUUUACUGCAUAUAAACGAAAUUACUACAUCACAAAACUGGGAUACAAGGAUUACGAUGAGAAUGUGCGAGCUGAACAGGCAGAAUGCUAUAUUCGCGCUUUGCAAUGGACAUUGGAGUAUUAUUAUCGUGGGGUGCCGUCGUGGGGGUGGUUUUAUCCACAUCAUUACGCACCAUUCAUAAGCGAUGUUCAAGACUUUAAGGAUCUCGUUAUAGAUUUCGAACUCGGGAGACCAUUUCUCCCCUUUCAACAGUUACUUAGUGUGCUUCCAAUCGCUAGCAAGGAUCAUAUACCCAGCGCAUAUCAUUGCUUGAUGAUUGAUCCAAACAGUCCUGUGAAAAGCUUCUAUCCAGAAGAGUUCUCCACCGAUCUCAACGGAAAGCAGCAACAGUGGGAGGCGGUUGUUCUUAUUCCCUUCAUUAACGAGAAAAAGCUGCUAGAAGCAAUGGAACCGUGCGAUGCAUUCUUAACCGAUGAAGAGAAGCAAAGAAACGUCCAUAGCGCAAUGAAAUUGUAUCAGUACGACGAGAAGGGCACAUCAUCAUUACCGGCUUCUUACGGCUUCGAGAGGGUAGAGCAGCUGAAAGUGAAAGAAAUUGCCAUUUAUCGAGAAGACUUACGUGUCCCGGAUGAUAAGCUUGUUCUUGGUCCUACCAAAGGUGCUAUCCUAGACGGGUAUAUUAAAGGAUUUCCAACAAUGAAACACCUUAAAUAUCACGGUAUCCUCAAGGAGGCACGCGUGAAGGUGUUCAACUUUCCGAGCCGCAACCAGAGCAUGGUGGUGGUCAUCGAUCGUCCGCUGGGUAACCCGAGGUCCACCGAGGCUCUCGCAAAGGAACUUCUCGGUCGCAUCGUGUACGUGAGCUGGCCACAUCUGAUAGAAGCCAAAGUGGUUAAGAUCUCCGAUGCCGAGUCGGCACACGAAAAAGAUCGUGAAGUCCAACCGAAUAAUAAACAUUUUUUCAGUCAUUGUAUCAGAUCGAUAGUUGAUCAUCACAGCAGCCGCCUGGCUAUUGAUUUGGGAAGAAUCGAACAAUUGGUGCACGUGAAGACUUGUGUGGGGAGCGAGUACGUACUUAGGAACAAUCGCUACGUAUUGCAUAAGCUAUGGAAUAUGGGCGAAACGGCGUAUCCUAUUCAAGCUAUCGUGACGGAUCUCCGCGAGGCACUUAAGACCUUGAAACCAUACCAAGAGAUCCAGGAAAUGUUCCCGGAGAAUUGCUCAGUUUUUCUCAAAGCUACCCAAUGGUACGGAAGUCUUGGCCAUGUGGUUGACGUGACGGCCGGUCAUCAACGAAUCAAGACUCGUUUCGAGAUCUACGAAGAACCAAGCAUGGAUAGAAUUAUGGAUAUUAACGAUGAGGCGAAAAAUCACUACAUGGGAGUGCACGAUGCUGCUUCCACUAUUGGAAUAUCGUCAAAUUUGCUGAACAGAUUGUCAUCUACCAUUUACAUGAUGCCGGGUGGACGAAGAUCCAUAAACGUGGAUGAGCGUGGUAAAAUGAAUAUCGGGUUACAGCUAAGAUUGGUUUCUCAGGAUGAAGAGACAGUAGGAUACACAAAGAAAGUCAACAAAUAUUGGAUGUUCUCCGAGAAAACCAUAGAUCUGAUCACAAGAUAUCACGAGCAGUUUCCCUUCCUGUUUGAACGGCUGGAAAGUUGUGCGAAAGGCGAUGUUUUGUUUGAGGAUGAAAUAUUUGGGAAAAAUAAAGAACACGGAGUCGGCUUGAAAGACUUGAUUGCGUGGAUAAAGGCCCAAGAUCAUGUUAAGGCAGAGAAAAGACCUUGUGGGACACAAACAUUGGAGCCUGCUGCCAUUCAAGAGCUCCUAGCGAUUGUAGAUCAACAUAAAACCAAGCUACCGAUUAUGCAAACAAUGUUUGUUUAUCCGAAAAAUUUGUACCGUCCAGGGAUGGUACAAGCGAAAAGCAUAGAUGCUCAAGCAAAUUUUGAACUUUUGGAUCGAGUUAUUGUCGCACGCGAGACAGAAGUGGUCCCUCUAGGUUACAGGGGCACUAUCAUAGGUAUAUAUACUGCUCAUGAUCCUAAUCCUGUACGCCAAGAAUGUGUAGCCAAAGAGGACAAAUAUUAUGACAUUUUAUUCGACAAUGAGUUUCCGAAUGGUGUUCAGGUUUAUGGUAUGGAAGCCACGAAGAACAGAGUCGUUCGCUUAUCCGAGGGCGCUGUUUUGAAUAUAUCCUAUGGAACCGCCGAAUUCGAGUGUAAACAGAUCGCCGAUCCACAGCCUACUAUUCUGCCAGCGGAAGAAUUUUUGGCAGGACGUAACCAACAACAACGAAUUCAGCAAAAGACAGAACUUAUUCGCGUACUACCUGUCAAACCAACCCCGACAGCAGAGUCAAUAAAAAAGCGAAUGAACGAACGAAUUGAGAAGAAAAAUCCCACUAAAGCGUUUGUUAUUGCUAACCGCAAGCCACAAGAAGCAUGCUCGGUACCUGAAACUGACAUGCAAGCUGGUAGUUUUGAUUUCGAGCGAUUGUGGAAUAAACUGAGGGGAACCUCACAGGCGCCAGUAACUUUUGACGACAGAGAUAUAAAAAGAUUCAUAUCCACAAAUACUACUGCACCGAAUGGAAACGCUCAAGCAGUGUCACAAUCAACAAUAUCGAACGAGAACAGUAAACCAUCGAGCGCCAAUUCUACCGCGGACCCAACAGAUAUGCUUAAAAAGAUGCUUAAAAUAAGUGACAAUGAGUCUAGGUUACUCAAUCAAGAAGUGAUGAGUGAAUCAGUUGACUGUGAGAAAAACGUGAUCAACGCUAAACCGAGCACAACGACUGCUUUCGUGCAACAAAACAGUAUGCCGACUCCGAAGAGCCUUCCAAAGCCACCGUCCUCUUGGAGAGCUCUGAAGAAAUCCCCAGGCGUUGAAAAAUAUACAACACCAACAACACAGCAAAAAAUUAAUCCCCCGGUACACUCUCAACCGGCAGCGGAUACCACCAAAAUUUACUACGACGGAGCUUCUCAAAAUCAUAUUCCCCAUAUGCAAUCCCAAGCAGCGAUUUUGCACCAGCCAUAUGGUCCCUCAUUUCAACAAUAUACUGCGACUUCGGACAGGGUAUACCAUUCCAUGGUGCCGCCACAUUCUUUUGGGCAACAACAAUUUCAGCCUAUGUUACGGCUGCCAAAUUAUCAAACCGCCCCAAUGUUACCGCUUCGUAUGAUGCAUCAGCAAUCACACCAGCGGUUAUAUCGGCCGCAACAAUUUCAAGGCAGUUACGUGAAUAACCCACGCCAAUGUGGCCCGAAUGGUCCACAAAACUUGAGUUUCAACCGAAACACUCCGGCUGGCACGGGAGCCUUUGUUCCGCUACAAGCCAUGAUCAACGCCCAGAAACGGAACGUUGUUUGUCCUACGGGUACUUCGAAUGUGUCGAAGAAGUCCAGCAACCAACAACCUACCCAGGCAAAUGUAACCACAGCUUUUGCCCAGAAAAAUGCCGAACUGAGGCAAAUAGUGGAAAAGAAACAGGAAGAAUGCAAACAAGGGUUUGCAUCGUUCCUGGCGGAGACCUCUGGUGCCGAAACUGUGAUUCCUGACAAGCACAAACCAGCUGUCGAAAUGAAAUGUGAUAAUAAAAGUAGAAAAAAAGACGACUGCUUAGAAAUAUCGACACCGGAUACAACACCACCGCCAAAGGUUCGUCAUAUGAAAAUAGCUGCACGAUUUUCGCAAACAUAAAUAACUUUUAUCUGUAUUCUACAUUUUUAUCACAUUUGUUUAAAUUAUUAUUUCUUUGGAACAAGUUGAAGUGAUUUUUAUCUAAUAAAUGCCGUAAACGACAAAACACGUUUACGUCCAACUA